AUGCCAACUGUUAAAGCGGGAAAUAACGCAACUACUCUUCAUGAUAUGAAAAGUAAAGAUCAUUCAUUGACAUCAACAACAAUCUUAACACAAAAACAAGAGAUCGAUGAGAAAAAUGAAAAUGGGAAUAAAGAUACUAAAAAAUCUGACCUUGAACGACGAAUAUCAAACGCCAGUGGUGGACGAAUGGGAAAUAUUCGAAAUAAGUUUGAAUCAGGUGAAGUGAAUAGUGAUAAAAGGAAGAACAAAAAGAAAUCCGCACCAAAAAUGAAAUAUGCCGGUGUGGAAUCAGCUAAAACAAGAUUUAUUGAGGAAGCUACAAAGGCUACAAUGAGUAAGGUAGAAGAUGGGCCUAGAAAACCAAAGGAAUUCACUCCACCACCGGAUGGUGUUGCUGUUGGUAUAUUAGAAAGUAAUCCAAAGCCAAGAGCACCAGAUGUGGUUACAUCGGAUGAUAUGUUUGAACCAGUUGAUUUAAAAGAGAUUAGUGAAAAAACAAAAAAUUUAAGGGCGAAAUUUCGAAAUAUGGAAGCAACUGGUGGACAGAGCAUAGAUGGAGAGAAUCGUAAAAAAAGUUCAUUCAUUGAUGAAUCAAUUUCAGUUGCACCGGAAGCUACAAAAAAUGCAAGAGCACGAUGGAAGGAUAUUGAAAGUGGUAAAACUGAAAAAGAUGCUUCAUCAGAACGUCCGAAACUUGAUAUACAUGACGGUUAUGGAGGUGUUUAUGAGAAUGAACCUGAAAAAUUCGAAAAUAUCGCUAGAGCUGGUGAAACAAAAAAAGAUCUACCAUCUGGUGUAAGUGCUAAAGAAAGACGUGAAUUAUUUUUGAAGAAAGCUGCUGAUACUUCCGUUGUAAAGAGAGAUAGUAUAAAACUUAUAGAUAUUAAUGCUGCAGAAAGUGGAAUAUAUGAAAAUGAGCCAACUCGACUUGAUAAUGUAGUCCGUUAUGAUGAUGAUCAAACAGAUGACUAUCCAAGUAAUUCUGUGAAAUGGGCAUCUGAAGCGAAAAACAGAUUUAUACAAGAAGCAUCUAAAUCACAGAUAACAUCAGGAAGUAACAAGACUAUUUUAUUGGUUGAAGAUGGUCAUACAAAUGGAAAUGGUGAUGGUGCACCAAAACAAGCACGAUAUACUACACAAGCUAAACAAGCCUUCUUAGAACGUCAGAAACAAGCAGAAGAAGCUGCAAAGAACAAAAGUCGACCAGAUAUUAUUGAUAUAUGGCAAGAACAAUGCCCACACAGUGGAGUAUUUGAAAAUGUACCAGCUGCCCAUACAGCUGAUGUGGUAGUCACUGAUGAAUCUGAAGACGAUGACGAGGAAGAGGAAGAGCAAUAA